AUGCCUCUGCAAAAGUCGUAUUCUGAUCAAGUCGGCCGGAUUAAGCGCUCGCCAUGGCAACGAUCGAGAAGCAACCCUGUUCAGACACCAAAACCACGAGCACCAGUAUCCGAGGUUACCAAGAACAAGCUCAACAAGUUUCAAUAUCAUCCGAAACCCGAAGACGAGGAAACCAAGGAAUCUGCACCCCAAGUGCAAGAAACGCCCGCUACUCACCUGACCUGGAGAGAUCUGCUUGGACCUACAGGUACCGAAGAUGAGAACACUUCGCCAAACGACCGACUGCUCUGGGAUAGCAGGCCUGACAGUCUCUACCUUUCCGCCUUGUCUCCCAUGAUGUCGAGGAAGGGACGAAAACGUGCUAGAAGUUCAUCUCCAGUCUCGUCACCUGCCCCUGAAAAGACCCCUUCCGUCAACGUCAAGAAAUUGGCACAAGCCUUGAAGUCACCACACGCAGAUCCGACGCUGGAGCUUUGGGAUCGAUACUCUUUAAACUCGGAAAACGCUCCUGGACUCACCAAUCCCACAUUAGCACAGCUGAUGGUGUCUUCAUCACCAAGACCAAAACCGAACGAAGCCAACCUACGACGAGCAAUAAGUUGUGGCCUGAACUGGCCAAAAAGGAGAAGAGUCGAGAGAUCGACAUCAGGAAGUCUCAACAGUGAGAAGGAGAUGGAGGCCAAGUCUUCUCUGGUGACUGCUCUGCUCGAUACGGUGACUAGUAGCAUCAACGGGAACGAUCAGUCUCCUUCUCCAAAAAAGAGGCGGAUAUGUGCCACUAGUACUGGCUCUCCGCGACCCAAAGCACCGGCUUCUGAUUACGGCGAUGAUGAUUUUGACGACUUUGACGACGAUACCAUAAUGCAGCUCGAAGCAAGCAUCAACGCGACCCAGCUGGAUCACCAGGAAGAGCCUGAGCUUCCACCCCAACCAUUGGAGACAGUGAAACAGGACGAACCAGAGGACGAAAUGGCAGAUGAACCAGAGAAUACACCGGCGGACAAGCUUGACGAGUUUGACGACUUGGACGAUGACAUCUUUGACGACGCCGAAGACCUCCUCACGUCAGUGGAACAGGCCCAAACUGCUACCCCCGUGGAACACCAAAAUGCUACCCCCGUGGACCCCGACCCAGAUGACGAGUUUGGUGACCCCUUUGGUGGUGACUUUGACUUUGAGGCCGUGGAACUCGCAGCAACCCAAGCAGUUAACUGCCCGGACCGAUAUCUGGUGAUGAAUGUGUUGGAAGGAGAAUACACGGAAGGGCAUGCCCGACCGGAAAAGCUUAUAUCGGCAACCGUGGUGGCUGACUCUUUUGGUUGCAUGCGUCGUGCUGUGCUUCAAGACCGAGUCAAAGCCACAAGUCCCCCAACGCCGCCUCUUAUCUAUGGAACCAUGCUUCACGAGAUAUUUCAAGAAGCACUCCUCGCCAACAAGUGGGAUCUUCCAUUCUUGUGCUCGGUUAUUGAUCGGAUUACGGACAAGCAUGUCGAGGAUCUCUACACCAUCAAAGUCGGUCUGGUAUCGGCCAGAGAGCAUCUCCAGUCAAAGAUGAACGAGCUGAGUUACUGGGCUGGCGCUUUUGUAUCCUCUCAGCCAACAGAGGAUGCUGUCAUUGAGGAUCGAAACGGAAAAAAGGCCAACAUGGCCGUCACCAAGUUGCUAGACGUCGAAGAGCACGUCUGGUCACCAAUGUACGGGCUCAAAGGCAACAUUGAUGCGACAGUCGAAGUUGCAAUGCAAGACGGUAAGGAUUUCAAGACUCUGACCGUCCCAUUUGAGGUCAAGACUGGCAAACACGCAAACAGCAACCACAUGGCACAAACUGCCCUUUAUACACUUUUACUAUCAGACCGGUACGACAUUGAGAUUGCCUAUGGUAUUCUUUACUACAUGGAAACCUCGAAAACGAUGCGCAUCCCUGCUAUCCGACAUGAACUUCGACACAUGAUUAUGCAACGCAACCAGCUAGCAUGCUACGUCCGAGAGAGAAGCGUUCAAUUACCCCCGAUGCUCAGGAGCAAGCACAUGUGUGGAAAGUGCUAUGCCAAGACAUCAUGUUUCAUCUAUCACCGACUAGCAGACGAUGGCGAUGGGGAGUCCAGCGGGAUGAAUGAAAAGUUUGAUGAACUAGUCAAGCAUCUCACUCCGGACCACAAGGAAUUCUUUGUCAAGUGGGAGAAUCUUCUCACCAAAGAGGAAAAGGAGAGCCAGAAAACAAAACGAGAACUCUGGACAAUGACAAGCGCUGAGCGAGAAAAGAAGUCGCGGUGCUUUGGCGAUGUCAUUAUUGAAGAGGGCUCAGCGUCUGUUGAUACAGUCAACCCAAAGAUUAACCGCUUCCACUACACCUUUAUCAAGCAAAACCAUCCCGCAGAUUUCUCAUUUCUCGAAUCGGAGCUGUCAGUUGGAGAGCCAAUUGUGGUUUCUGACGAAGAGGGACACUUUGCGCUGGCCAUUGGCUACGUCACGGCAGUCAAGAGACGAAGGAUCAGUGUGGCGGUUGAUCGAAGACUACACAAUGCACGAAUUCGACAACCAGGUUUCGACGAGAACGAUAACCAGACCUUUGCUAGUAUCAUGGAGGUUGCCCACGAGGGUGCUACCCAGGAUGAGACCCAUGGCAAGAUCAAGGAGCCACCAAUCCGAUACCGACUGGACCAAGAUGAGUUUAGCAACGGAAUGGCGACUGUCCGGAACAACCUGGUUCAGAUGAUGGCCGACGAUGUCUUUGGGUCGAGACAGAUCCGACGGCUUAUUGUUGACCUCCAACCCCCACGAUUCAAGAGUGUCCCAACUCAGUAUACUAUAUCGGACCGAGACAGCCUCAACGUUGACCAACACCGGGCCAUCGAAAAGGUCAUGAGUGCUCAAGACUAUGCUCUCGUUCUGGGAAUGCCGGGAACUGGCAAGACGACAACCAUUGCCCACAUCAUCCGCGCUCUGACAUCUCAGGGGAAGAGUGUGCUCCUCACUUCGCACACUCACACAGCUGUCGACAACAUUCUCCUCAAGCUCAAAGGAGAAAAUAUACCUAUCCUCCGCCUUGGAGCCCCUGCCAAGGUCCAUCCCGAAGUCCAAGAGUUUGCCAUUCUCGCAGGGCAGCCUAUGAAGACGUUUGACGAAAUCAAGGAUGCCUGGCAUGGUGACCACAAUCAGCUUCCUCCAGUCGUGAGAAACGAGGAAGCACGCGAAGGAGGCCUCGACGUCAGUUUGUUCAAGCUUCUCUCAGACACCCAUCCGCAGUCGGUUGUCAACCUGGAACACCAGUACCGCAUGUGUGAGGAUAUCAUGACUCUCAGCAACACUCUCAUCUACAAUGGCAAGCUCCGAUGCGGCACGGAGAAGCUACGCAAAAGAAAGCUCAACAUUCCCCAUAUGGACGCUCUUAGGCAGAGACACUACGAUGCAUCGACCUUUCACGCCGCCACUCCUCGAUCGUUUUGCGCUGCACCAGGUCGAUGCUGGCUAUACGACCUCCUUGAGAGCGAAGCUCGCGUGCGUUUCAUCAAUACCGACACUAUUCUGCCCCAGGUCCGCGAGGAGGCUCAGGGCAAGCGUAUCGUCAACUCGGCUGAAGUCCGCAUCGUUUCUCAACUAGUCGACAGUCUUUUGACAGUAGGAGUUCCGGAGACCGAGAUCGGUGUCAUGACGCAUUACCGAGCGCAGCUAUUCCUACUCAAAGAAAAGCUCAAAGGGUAUGCCGGAGUCGAGAUGCACACGACAGACCGUUUCCAGGGACGAGACAAGGAGGUUAUCGUCUUGAGUCUGGUGCGAAGCAACGACGCCUGCAAUAUUGGCGACCUGUUGAAGGAUUGGAGGAGAAUCAACGUCGCCUUUACCCGCGCAAAAACGAAGCUCCUCGUGAUUGGAAGCAAGAUGACACUCAAAGGCAGCGGCAGCGAAAACAUGCUCAGCAGAUUCAUCUCGCUGAUGGAGGAUCGAAACUGGAUUUAUGACAUGCCCCCUGACGGACUCGAGAAUCACUAUUUUGAGGACAUGGGCACACAACUUACGACACACAGCCCGCAAAAGAAGACGCCCAGGAAGGGCAAGGAGAAUCGGAGGCCUUCACCCAGAAAGGCCAGGAUUAGCGACAAGGCGUUAUUAAAGGGGAAACUGAUUACGAGGGAUAUCUUGAAUGAAAUGACCAACGGCGCAUAUAGUUAG